AAUGGAUAGGAUUUGAAGGAUAAGAAGUGGCUGCAGCCCCCAAACCAAACUCGUUCUUAAAUCGGAAAUUUAAGCCAUCACCGCUCAUAAUUUCUUCUCUAUAAAUACCAAUAGCUGAAGAAAGUAGUAGACAUUGAACUGAAUCAGAGAAAUUAAGAUGGAGGGGAUUCAGCACAAAACAGUGAGAGUAAAUGGCAUAAACAUGCACUUAGCAGAGAAAGGGGAAGGCCCAGUGAUACUAUUCCUUCAUGGUUUCCCUGAGCUCUGGUACUCUUGGCGUCACCAGAUCAAUGGUUUAGCCUCCCUUGGCUACCGAGCCUUGGCCCCUGACCUCCGUGGCUAUGGCGAAACCGAUGCACCACCCUCCAUCGCUAGCUACACUUGCUUCCACCUCGUGGGGGACCUCAUCGCCCUCCUUGACGCCGUUGCACCGGAUCAGAAUAAGGUGUUCGUGGUUGGUCAUGAUUGGGGUGCCAUCAUUGCUUGGUACUUGUGCUUGUUCAGACCGGACAGAGUGAAAGCUUUGUUCAAUUUGAGUGUGCCGUUUAUUCCUUAUAAUCCAAGAUUUAAACCCAUCGAGACCUGGCAAUCUUUCUUUGGGAAUGACCAUUACAUCGUCAGGUUUCAGGAGCCUGGAGUAAUGGAAGCAGAAUUUGCAGAGAUUGGUGUGGGAAGAGCUGUAUUGGAGUUACUAUCGUACCGUGUACCAGAUCCUCCUUAUUUACCAAAAGGAAAUCUGUUCGGGCAUCCCUUAGAUGAUCCAGUUAAUUUGCCCCCUUGGUUAUCACACCAAGAUGCCAACUACUAUGCCACCCAAUUUGAGAAAACCGGCAUUAGUGGUGCUCUCAACUAUUACCGUAACUUUGAUCGAAACUGGGAACUAUCAGCCCCAUGGUCUGGAAGUCAAAUUAAGGUCCCCGUAAAGUUUGUGAUGGGUAAUCUCGAUCUUGUUUACACUAUGCCUGGUAUGAAGGAAUACAUUCACAAUGGCGCGUUCAAGAGAGAUGUACCAUUUCUGGAGGAAGCAGUUGUAAUGAAAGGAGUUACUCACUGGAUCAACCAAGAAAAGCCUGAUGACAUCAACAAACAAAUGUUUGAUUUCUUCUCCAAGUUCCAUUAAUUUGUUCUCCAAUGUGUUUAACUAUUGCAAUAACUUGAAUUCCCACUUGUCUUAUCAUAAUGUAAUCUUUAUUCAACAUAUCUUGUUGGGUGGAAUUUUCAUUAUCUUGUUUGUGAUGAUCCAACGCUGCCAGAGAGUGACUGUGAAGAUUCUCUCUAGUGAUAAAUCUGCAAUAAACGGUGGUGGAGCUAGAGUGGGGCAGGCGGGGCCAUGGCCUCCAAAAAAUUUUUACCUCCAUAUUAUAUAAUAAUCAGUCUCUAUUAAUUAUUAAUU